CAGUAAUUCUGGAGCUUCAGGAAACGUCGAACCGUCUUUCAUCGCGAACAACGAACAUGAUCAAGUUGACACAAACAAGAAUGGAUCGACAGCGGAGGAAGCUGGUAUGAAGCAAGAAGAAAUAUCCGAGGAAAUGGUCAGCGACGCUGGGAAACUGGAAAUGGAUGCUUUCAAGCCUAAGCCUCCAUCUCGUACUGUUGGCAAGAACACAGAGUCGUCAUCGAUCGUCGAAAAUGAGGUAUAAACCGGACAUAUAUGUUUCAAAC